AUGGAUCACCAGUCAGGCCAUAUAAAAAUUAUUAUUCACUUUAACUGCACAGCUCAGUUCAUUUAGUUUCACUGGCUUGAUUCAAUUGGAUGGGUAAUAAGCAAAUUCUGCUAUUUAUUUCUUCAUGUCUCAUUUGGAUGAUGUUCUUGUUGCAGAGUCAAUGUUCCCGAUUGAUCUGACGUCUGUCGAACAUGAUCACGAUUUUCUGGACCAGGACUCAAUACAAGCACUUCUGAGGCGGCUGCAGAUUCUCAACAAGUGUGUUACCAUGAAGAUCGAAAGCUCUCCAAGACAUCUGGGUGAUGAUUCUGAUGAAGAAGACCAAUGUGCAAUCAGCGAUAAGUGGCAGUACCAGCGAAGCAGUCGGCGGUGGUCUCGCAAAUUAGCAGAAGACGCUAUAUGUAUGUCACCAAGUGAUUCUUGCAUUUUCCCCUCACAAGCAAGCUUCCCUACCUUUUCACACACAGGCACACACAUUGAGAAUAGCAGUCGAGAAAGUGCAACUAGUGACAAUGAUCACAAUGGUGGCUAUUCUAGUGCAAGCAGUCAUGAAAGUCCUGCCAUAGCUCACAAAGAAUACUCGUCAAAUUUCUUGCCAGAUUCACCACUGUUUCCUCAGUUUCCAGUUAGUCCAACGUCCCCAUUAAGUCUUUCACCACCUUUGCCACCAGUAAAUGGAACACCUCGAAACACCGUCAUUGAGAUAAAGCCUGUUAACAAAAAUACGAAGGUUAUAAAUAACAAUACCCAAAAACAGGAGGAUAAAAUGAAGAGUGCAAAAAGUUUUCUCAAAAGAUUAGACAGUUUUAAAUCUAAACGAGGUGGGAGUCUGCGAAAAAAACAUGGAAAAACACUGAACAUCAGUUCACCUAUUAGUCCUGUCGAUUCACCUGAAUUUCAAUCUCGAAUUGAAAUAUACAAAUGUGUUGAUGUUGAGACAGCACAGAAGACACUGUUAAAAACAUCUACUACAGUGAGACGAUGUGGGAGCUCUCUUGACAGCAGAGAUCGCUCAAAGAGGUUUGGUAUAGUCUUCUCAGAACCCAGCUCUCCAGUUAGUCACCGUAAACUGGAUGCUUUGAAAACAGACUGUGAAAGCAAUUUAAAUAAAAAUUUUGUUGAUAGUGAAGAGACACUAACAGGAGAUAAAGAUUCUGGAGAAAGUGGAAUAAAUGAAAAUGGAAGUAAAUCCCCAUGGCAUUUAAAUGGACCAGUGAAGAAAAAGAGUUCAUCCAAAUGUGAUGAAGAGUUAUGGGAAGAAUCUUUUUAUCAUUUGCGAGGCAGAAGCAGUAGUUUUUAUGAUAAUGUACCAGAUGAUAAUAAAGCUAGUUUAGAUUAUUCUGACAUUUAUGAGGAAUGCUUUGAAAAUGAUCUCAAGUCAGAGAUUUAUAAAUUACAGAAUCUUGGUCAAAAGAGAGUUCGAUGCGCAAGUACACCUGCAUAUCUAGAUGAUGAUUGGUCAGAUCUCUCGCCUUAUUUAACAGAAUCUGAUGAGGAGAUCUUUACAGAAAAACAACGCAUUUUUGAUGAUAUUAAUAAUUUGUCGGUCGGUAGUAAGGAUUUGAAUGACGAGCCCCUUCAACGGGACCGAAGUAGUAGUCUCCCGGUACAGAGCACUACAUUUAAAUUAUCGGAGGAGCAGUUAAAUUCUGGAAAUGAUAUAGAUCCUUAUGAUGAAGUUGAAAUGUUACUCAAUGGAAUUAAUGAAAGCAUCAAUGAAAUGCAGGAAACAUUUGGGAUAAGUGACAGCAGUAUGUCUUCAGUGUCAUCUCAACUCUCCUUGUCACAUGAAUCCGAAGUGUCGCCUUUCCCUUCUCCCUUUCCCUCACCCUUAGCCUCUCCCCUCCAUUCACCUCUUCAAUCACCUAACACAUACCAUACAGAGAAAUUGACAGAUGGUGACACAGGAAUUGAAGCCACCUCAUCUUGUAGUGGUCUUGAUACUACUGGUUCUGUAGAAGAGCUGAAAGAACCAGAGGAACAAGGCAUACAAUUCCGAGAACGAAGAGACUCUGGAGUUGGAAGCUCUCUAACAAGACAGGCAAGUGGUAAGCGCACACGUAUCCGAUGGCACAGUUUUCAGAAAUCUCAUCGUCCAAGUCUCAACUCAAGGCCUUUUCAGAUCAACAAUAUGUCUGUAGGUCAGUUGAUGUACGUACGAAAAUUAUCGUUGCUGAGGUUGACAGCAUUAAUGGAAAGAUAUUCUGUGUCUUGUCGUAGUGGAUGGAGCUGGAUGAUGCCACGGUUUAUGAAACGGAUUAAAACCCCAGAUUACAAAGACAAAAAGGUAUUUGGUGUACCAUUGUCACAUUGCCUGCAGAAAACAGGUCAGCCCCUUCCACAAACAAUUCUCUAUGCAAUGCGUUAUUUGAGAAGGGUAGCCAAAGAUUCAGUUGGGAUUUUUAGAAAACCUGGUGUGAGGUCACGAAUCCAACAAAUCAAGAAAUUAAAUGAAACAAAUAUAGAUGUAAAUUAUGAAGGCAUGAUGGCAUAUGAUGUUGCAGAUAUGUUAAAGCAGUAUUUUCGUGAGUUGCCAGAACCGUUACUGACUUCCAAACUCCAUGACACGUUUUUGAGCAUCUUCACAGCCAUGCCCAAAGACCAGCAUUUAUCUGCCCUCCAAGCGGCAAUUAUGUUAUUACCUGAUGAGAACCGAGAAGUCCUACAAUCACUGGUGCUUUUCCUCAGCGACAUUGCCACGCACUCACUAACCAACCAAAUGACUCCUUACAACUUGGCUGUCUGCUUUGCUCCAUCCCUAUUCCAUCUAAGUCCAUCUCCAAACCAACAAGUUGGUACAAGUCCACGUCGCACACGAGCAAACUUCUCUCAGAGACCAGAGCAACGUGAACUCUCAAAUAAUAUUGCAGCUAAUGAAUGUCUAAAGUUAAUGAUUAAAGAAGUAAAGAAAUUGUUUAUGGUCCCUGAAGAAACGAUAACUAAAUGUCAUUUCUCAUACAUCGACAUGGGAGAACCGGUCACCUUGGAGGAACUCGGCCGAAAGAAGUUUGACGAAACGGCUGAUUACAACAGCUAUUUGGAGAGUUGCAUCCAAGGAGUGUUAAAGGAAUCAAGGGAGAAAUUCAAGGGAUGGAUUCCGUGCACACCUUUAGAGGGCGUCGACGUUGCAUUCAAGAAAGUUGGUGAUGAACAUCCUCUCCGCCUUUGGAAAUGUUCGGUAGAAGUGGAAGCCCCACCAUUAGAACUUUUACAUAGAAUUCUUAAUGAGAGGUAUUUAUGGGAUGAGGAUCUACUAAAAUGGAGAGUUGUGGAGAAGUUAAAUAAACAAACAGAGGUUUAUCAAUACGUUGUGAAUUCAAUGGCUCCGCAUCCAACAAGAGAUUACUGCAUACUCAGAUCAUGGAGAAUGGAUCUUCCAAAAGGUGCUUGUGUCUUGGUAUCAACAUCAGUAGAUCAUCCAGAUGCACCACUUAUUGGUGGAAUCCGUGGUACAGUUCUUGCAUCAAGAUUCCUGAUUGAUCCAUGUGGCUCGGGAAAGUCCAAAAUCACAUAUAUGUGCCGUGUAGACACGAAAGGUAGAACUGUAGAAUGGUAUAAUAAAUCUUUCGGACACAUACUUGCCACUAUGGUGUCGCGUAUUAGAGAUUCAUUUAAGCAACCGGCUGAUGGACCAGAAACAAAAGUAUGAAGAAGAGUACAUUUCAGUCUUUCAUUAUAGCUUUGAGUUUAAUGUCAGAAGUUUUUUUUUUAGUGUUAUAUGAGUUAUUGUGUUUUAACUAUGACAAAAAGAUAUUUUAUUCAAAAAAAUAUCCUUCAAAAGCAGUUGUAUUCAUAUAAUGCUAAUUAAGGAUUUUAUUUUUAUAUCUAGAUACAUAUAACAAUUAUAAUCAAUAAGAACAAGCAUCUAGAAAGAUAAAACCGAAAGGUCCACUGAUUAAGAUAGUAUAAUACAUACUCCAAUUAUCGGAAUGCACGCCAUCGUGUCGGGAUUUAAUAUUCCGACAUUAAUUGUGUCACCAUCAGGAAUUCCUGAUGAUGACAUAAUUAAUGUCGAAAUAUUGAAUCCAGACACGAUGGCGUGCAUUCCGAUACUUGGAGUAAGUAUUAUACUAUCUUAUCUAGAAUGAUAAUGUUUCUACAAUUGGACCAUAUUCAUUUACGUUGUAUUUAAUGUGAAUAUAUUUUUUCAGUUUUAGUAUUAGUAGUAUUUAUCUAUGUUGUUAGACAUAUUAAACAGGUUUAGAAGUAUAAAUUAGAAAAAAAAUAUGUACUGUAUAAAUGUUUAUAGUUGUAUAUAUAUUCUAUGAAAUAUAACUAAUGUAAAAAAAUAUUGUAUAUUUUGUUAAUUGGAUAUAUUCCAAAAGUACGUCCAAUUAAUUACGUUUUUCCAAGCAACUCAUUUCCAUAUACGCCCUCCUUUUCAUUUAUUUUAAUGCUUUGGUGUAGUAGCAUCCUCAGAUAAGUACUGUAUGUGGAUGAGAAAAAGUAAAUUCAUGAUUUUUUUUCCUAUACCUGAUUUCAUUAUACAUAUUAUGUAUAGUUUAAUUUUAGGUGCUACUAAAAUAUACGCAGUGGUGUAAUGAUUAUAGGUUGGUUGAAGUUAUAUUCAUUAAUUGUUUAAAAACUCUCUGGCAUGUUGAUUAUUAUUUUAGAUUGAUAUAUUUUAUAACUGGAUUUAAGAUUAAAACAAUCUUGCAUAGAUGAGGAUAAACAUAUAUAUGUAUAUAAAUCCUUACACACAUACCUGCAGUAAAUGUGGAUAUAGGUAUACCUUCUAGUAAGUCAGACAAGACGAAUAACAAUUAAGAAAAAUAAGUUACUCAUUAAACAGAACUGAAUAGGUCCUUUCAAUGAGACGUUGUUCAGUUAUUGCUGAUUUACAUAAUUAUUUGUAUAAAAAUUUAGUUGAUUUUAUUUUCUCUUUCUAGUUUUCAGUUAAAUUCUAAUAACCUAUAUAAAUAUUACUUAAAUGUACAAAUGUUGAAUUGUAUCAACAGACGGAAUAUGUUUAUAUGAUUAUGUCAAAUAUUUUAUAAUUUUGUUAUUCAUUAUUUAGGAACUUGGGCCAAGGAUUGCCAAUCACAAACUUAUCACACUUCAUAAACUCACUAUGAGGCUGAGGAAGUGUGCUCAAAAUAUCUUCUUUUUUUUUUCAAGUUCAGUAAAGCAGAACGGCAAAGCUUGCUCCAAAUAUAGUUAUUUUGAUUUUGGGAAAAAUAUAUUAUCGUCUUUCAUCUGUUAUUUGACUGAGUAAUAACUACUCUCUUUCGUAAUAUAGAAACCAACAUUUACAAGAAAUUUGACGUUAUCAAAGUUAACGUUUAUUUUUUAAACUUAAUAUUCAUUAUAUCAAAGUUAAACUUUAGCUCAGAUGUAUUUUGGGUUGGGUGUAUUUUGUGGUGCUUGAAUUUGGUUCUUGGUUAAGAUUUUAAGGAACUUGUUCGUUUUAUUUUUGUAAUGAAACAUUUUAUUAUCAUGUAUUACAAAUUUUAGUAUCACAGACCAUAAAUUAGAUGGCUAUUUGGUUUUAUUUGACAAGAGCAAUUGGGUAUAAUCCAAUUGGCAGGGUAUUUUAAAGAAUACAGUAAUUUCAUUCAAACCUCAGUUAUAUAUUAUAUUUCAAUCAACAAACAUUACAAACAUAUGCUGUAACCAUAUUGCCUUAAAAUGGUUUAAAGUCAGAUUGAUGUUUAAUGGCUGCAUUCAGCUUUUUGUUUUUUAUUUUAAUAGGAUUAUUAUUUCGCAAAGAAGGUUAUGAUUGGAGCAUAAUGUGUUUUAUUAAAACACAAGUUAACCUAUGAAUUUAGGCAUUUUCUUUGUUUUUGUCUUUUUUAUUUGUUUAUACUGCUGCCUUUCUUGGGUAAUUUGCAUCUUUCAGCAAUUAUCAUAAAAACAGAACAGUUUAAUUAUCUGGGUAAUGCAGUCUUUCUACCUCAUGUUGUUACUGUUACUGUUAAAUGUCUGUUUCUGUCUUUUUGCAGCUAUAUACAAGCAAAUGAAGUUACCUGGCAAAACAAACUUUUUUUAAAAACUUAAAUAUGUUCUAUCUUAUUUGCAAUAUUGUCGUCAUCAUCAUUAUUAUUAUUAUGUUAAUGGAUACUAUUUCUAAUAUUAUCAUAUUCAAUUAAAUUAAAAACAAUCGGUGCAAAAUGAAAA